AUGGCCACCAAAGCCGAAAAGUCAAAAUACACCCCCAGAGGACGGCCGGUCGACGAAGGUCGACCCGUUCGAAUCACCAUCAUCGGCGCUGGCAUCUCCGGCAUCUGUCUGUACAUCCGCCUCUUACAGCAUGUCCCUGCUGCAAAGAUUACUAUCUAUGAGAAGAAUCCGUCACUAGGUGGGACUUGGUAUGAGAACCGAUACCCUGGUGUAGCCUGUGAUGUACCGAGUCAUGUGUACCAGUACUCGUUUGAGCCCAACAAGAAGUGGACCAAGCUCUUUGCACCAGGAUCUGAGAUCCUAGACUAUAUCAAAGGAGUGUCUAGCAAGUAUGGGGUCGACCAGAAGGUCAAGUACAGCACCAGAGUCAUAGGCACCAGGUGGGAUGAAGACCAGGGUGCUUGGGACAUAGACAUAGAGCAGACGGACAAAGAAGGCCAUGUCUCUCAGGACAAGAGAAAGGCAGAGAUUAUCAUCAGCGCUGUCGGCAUCCUGAACAACUGGAAAUGGCCGGAUAUACAGGGCCUCAACGAUUUCCAAGGGAAGCUCCUCCACUCUGCAGACUGGGACAAGUCGUGGGACUACACAGGGAAAAAGGUGGCACUGAUUGGUAGCGGCUCAUCGGCUGUCCAGAUCCUGCCUCACCUCCAGGAGAAGUGCCCUCAGGUCAGCAAUUUUGUUCGUGGUGGCGCAUGGAUCAGUCGGUCAUUUGGCUCGACAUUUAUUGAGGACAUCCUGAGCCUCAGCGACGAGCCGGGCAACUACACCUACACAGACGAGGAGGUGGCCAAAUUCGAGCAGGACGACAAGUUCUACUAUGCCCUGCGCCGGGAGAUGGAGAGUUCCAUCAACAAGGACUUUCCCCGGCUGUUCCCGGGUUCGAUCGAGGAGACCGAGGCAACGGAGCGGAUCAAGAUCAUAAUGCGCUGGAAGCUGUUCCAGAAGAUCGGCCUCUACGAGAAGCUUGAGCCGUCUUUCGUGCCUGGCUGCAGACGGCUGACUCCUGGCCCGGGCUAUCUGGAAGCCCUGGUGCAGGACAACGUCGAUGUGAUCACGGCCGGCAUCGACCAUGUCACCGAGGAAGGCGUGAUGGCCAAGGACGGUAAGGAGUACAAGGUCGACGCCAUCAUCUGUGCGACCGGCUUCGACUGCAGCCACAUCCCGCGCUUUUCCAUCCAGGGCCGUGACGGCCAUCUGCUGGGCGACCGGUGGCGCGGCCGUGCGUCAGCUUACAUGUCGCACUCCGUCCCCGGCUUUCCCAACUUCUUCGUGGUUGGCGGCCCGAACUCGGCUACAGGCACUGGCUCCCUGCUCCUGAUCCUUGAGUCGGUCAUUGGCUACGUCGUCCAAGCGGUCAGCAAGAUUAGUCGCGAACACAUCAAGUCCAUGGAGGUUCGUGAGGACUCGCUGAUGUCCUGGGAGGCCAUCCUGGACAAGUUCUUCCUCAACACCGUCUACGUGGACAAGUGCCAGAGCUGGUACAAGUAUGGCGAAAAGGUUGUCGGGCUAUGGCCGGGAAGCAACGUGCAUGCCAUCCAGACGCUGAAGAGCCCGCGCUGGGAAGACUACACGUAUGAGCCCGUGGAGGGAACUGACAAGUUGGACUGGCUCGGCAACGGCUGGACGACGGCGGACCUGAAGCGGGACGGCCUGGGCUACUAUGUCGACGAUACUGAUGUGCCGCCAGUUCCUGCCGAGGAGGUGCUGAAACGCCAGCCAUAA